AGGCGGUUUCCGCUACGUCUACCGCGGAGUCUACACCUCUGGCCCACGCCAGGGAGAGGAAUGCGUCAUGAAGGAGUUCAAGUCCGGAGGUGUUCAUGAAGAUAUCUUCUUCAAGGAAGACAUCGAAGCGGUCAAGAAGGCUGGAGAUCUCAUUGAAAAGUUCAAUGCUGCGGGCGUGGUGAGCAAAGGCGUCUACCUCAACGAGCCUGAAGUCUGGUCCGGCAACGCUGGCCGCAUCGCGGGACACAAGGUCCUAGUUGAGCCCAUGAUCAAAGGCGAGUAUUUCAAGUUCAACAGCAACACCGGGCAUGCAGAGCCAGAUACGCAAAGCAUGCAAGCGCUGUCGCACUUCACCUAUCAUCAGUCGAAGGGCCAGUACCUUCUCUGUGACCUGCAAGGGGGUCGCUAUGAUGGUUUCUAUGUGCUCACCGACCCAGUGAUACAUAGCAAAAACAAGGAGUUUGGCGGCACGGACCUGGGUGCCGAUGGCAUCGAGAACUUCAUGGCGCACCAUCGUUGCGGUCGCUUCUGCAGCCCCAGUUGGAAGAUGCCUCCAGCAAAGCAAUUGAUACCCAAGUUCGAGGCGGUCUGUGGCACAACCUUCGGUGAAGCCGCAGCGCUCUUCAGUGAUGAAGAACGGAAGGAUUUGGAGAUCAAGGUGAAGAAGGAGAUGCGUAUCUCCAUCCGCAAACUUUGGGAGAACGCCUUGCCGGGCGACAAGAACAAGAAUCAGAUCGUCAUCAACAAAUCCAAGAAGGUGGAGAAAAAGACCCGCUGAGCGUGGUUCGGACGACUGAACCAAUGGCGUUCAAAUCGUUCAAAGCGCGCGCUGAAGUCUGAAAACAAUAGGGUAAUGUCAGUGUGAAUUGGGC